AUGUCAAAAAUGAGGCUGCAGUUCGGCCAGGGUUUAUAUCGUGAUCCUAUUUCGAAGCAUCAGUGCCCAAAGAAUACCUCACGGUUGAUGGCCAGGCAGAUUUCGUACAAGGCUGUGGUCGCUGUACAGUGGCGUCUGACCGUGUUGCGUGCUCCUGUUGAGAGCGAAUCGGGUGGACUUGGGUAUCCAUGCGUGUAUGCAUAUGAGCCCAAUAUGAAAUAUACACCGUAUAGAAACUUCAAGUUACUAUCAAUUAUUCUAGCACUUUCUGGCUACUGUCUCAUGGUCACUCCCGUGGCUCCAUUCCUCGAAGCCAGCAGUUUAGCUGCCUGGAUGUUUAACUUGAUCCUUUGCUCUUACACCGCACUUUACAAUCUGCUCAGUAGCUGUACUGAACAUCACAUCAACUACCGCCUACAUCCUUGGAAAAUAUUCGAAUCUCCCAUCCCAAUAAUCGGAUUCAAACAAGAAACAUGGUUGGAAAAAGGCCCCAAAGACCUUGGCCCGCGCCGAGCAGCCAGAGUACCUCUUCCCUCAAUGUUAGACAUGGUUUACCGGUGA